CUGAGCGCUGACGAUUUUCUCUACAGGUUUUAUUUUUAAAUACCACUUUUUGUGUUUCUUCAAUAUCUGAGAAUAUGACGCGUGCAUGCAUCGUCUACUGAAUAAGUAGACGGUGUACUUAAGGAUCUUCCCUAUCCUGACAACUGCAGGAAUGUGGAGGUUUUUCUCUGCAGAGUAGGGCAAAAGUUCAAGAACUUGAAUUCGUCUUCAGCAAAGAAAGUCAGACAAAAUGGCCGACGUUCAGUAUGUAGCGUCGUUCAAAAACAAAGGAAAGAAUGCCGCUGCACCGACAUCGUUUCUUCCAACAUUGCCAGCUAAACGCAGCAAGCCAGUAUGGCAGGCCAACCCACCAUCCUUUGUUCUAUCAGGAAAACCACCUGAAGAUCAAGUAGAAGAAAGUGUGGCAGCCCAGCUCACAACACGGGAGCCAAAGAAGAAGGGGAAAGGAAACCGUAGUAAGUCGUGGGAUCCGGAGAGUAAUGGAGCAGUCAGCGGUGCCGGCAAGGCCAAAGGUUUUUCACACCCAAGGAAAGAUAGAGAGAGCUUCCGUAAUGCAUUGGUCAACAUCAUCAUGCAACAAGAAACUCCAGACAGUAGACCUCCGUCUGUUGCUGAAGGUGAACUACCUCCUCUGUCAAGAACAGGUUCCCCAACUGCGGCAGAGAAAGACAUCUUGCGGUACUAUUACUACAUCCACAAUGGCAUUGACACAGAGCACGUUGCACCCAUGGAGGAUUCCUGGUUGAUCAACGUCCUCCAUCUUGUCUCCAACGACCUCAAGACGGGUCACUCAGAGACCAUUGAGAACCUGUCGGACGAGAUGAGGGAAGACUACCUCCUGAGUGUCAAGAAAGCAAUCGUGGACUUCGUCCUUCGUGAUCCACGCGAGAAGGAAGAGGAUAAAGAAGAGACAAAACCCCCUCACAGGACAGAGCUGUCGAUCGUACCCAAGCCGUGGUACAAAUCCUUCAUUGCAGCACAGACAGCGACCAGCCAAGAUUUAAACAUCACCAACCCUACCAUGCUACAGGUCUUGGAGCUUUGGCAUGUUUCCUUUGGAAACCUGCGGUUAGUUGAUGUGAAUGAGUUUCAUCAGAAGACAGAGUCUAUGGAGCUGGCCAUCUUUCAGAAUCUGGUCAUGAGGCACAUUGAUGCAGCAAAAGAAAAACUACUCAAGAAGUGGUUUCCAGAGGUGCAGAACAUCUACUACCAGGGCAACAGACGUAAACUGGUACCCAGCAAUCACAAUGGUCGUAAGUUGGAAUCAUUCUUCAACUGUGCAGCAACGCUCAUGACUGAGCAGCUUCAAGGUCUGUGCCUCAAUUCCAUAGACGACUUCACUGAUCUCAUCUGCCAACCACCGGAUUCAAUCCGUGCCCAUGAACAUUCCGGGUUCGUCAUGAGGCUAGUGUUGGAUGGCUCCAACAUCAAGUUUGAGCCCACCUUCUCCGACUUUGAGAUAGUCUUACUCAAUGUAUAUGACGUGAUGCUGAAGGCUGUCAGUGUGGUUCCUAGAGUGGAGACUAAGCUCUACUCUGAGUGGAGUGGACCAAAGUCCAAAGCCACCCUUCGUCCCAUCAUCCUGGAGGACAUUCUUAGCAGACACAAACAGAAGAUCCGAGAUAUCAUCGGUGAGGAGAGUGUCAUUCCUAAGGAGCAUCUUAAGAUCUAUGACAAGUACAACUUCCUCAUCAACAAACAGGCCGACACUGAUGUGGAAGCAUUCAUGGCCGAAGAGCAUUCUUUUGAGGAAUAUGCCCGGGAAGUACGGAAGUACAACAAACUAGGAGAUGAGAUUUCAUACAACACCCGCAAGGAUGAAGACCAGAGGAAGGUGAUAAGACUCGGUAUGUUUGAGCUUCACUGUGAUGAGUUGAUCCGUGCUCUGGCCAAGAGAGCCGAGACACUGAGUGGUCGUCUCCUGGCUAGGAUGAACAUGGACCAUGCAGAGGCCAAUAGAAAAUUGUGUGACGAGUACGAAGCUAUAGCUGAGAAGGCCCUCACCACACCACCCAACACAGAGAAGCUGAUGGAGCUGUCAGCAUACAUCGAGGGUGUUGAGAAGAAGACUAUCUUUGAGCUUGAGAAGAGACUAACCCUGAGCCGGGACCGGCUGGCAUUUCUCGUCGACUACGCAAGUUUCUCUCCAGCUGAGAUGAGGCUUAACAGCAGCACGUUCCAGUGGCAUGAGCGCAUGCCUGAGAUCUUCUCUGAGCAUAAACAGAUCGUCCAGGAGAAGACGUCACAAUAUCAGAAGGGUCUUGAGUUGAAACGAGAGCGAUUCCAAGAAGAGCUGGAUGGCUACUCCAAACAGCUGGAGGAGUUUUCAUCCUUUGGGGAUUUGUCCGAGGUUGGGAGAUACCUCAAGAAGGCUCAAGCUCUCACCGCCAGGCUGGAGGCUGCUUCAGAGAAGAUUGAAGCCUUCAACCUAGAGGAGGAAGCCUUUGGUUGGCAGACGUCAGCUUACCCGAUGAGAAACACCAUCACGAGCACAUUGCAGCCCUAUCACAAGCUGUAUGAGACUACAGUAGAAUUCAACACUAAACACAAGCAAUGGAUGGAUGGCGCCAUGCACGAGGUGGACCCAGACAAAGUGGACGGCGACGUCGGCAACUACUGGCGUACCCUGUACAAGCUGGAGAAGACCUUUGGUGACAUACCAACAGUGCAGAAGAUCGCUACACGCAUGAAGGACAAAGUGGAGACAUUUAAGGAUUAUAUCCCGUUGGUGGCAGCGUUGUGUAAUCCGGGGUUGAGGGAUCGUCAUUGGGAAUCGAUGACGGAAAUCGUUGGCUUCCCUCUCAAGCCGGAUGAGGACACCACCUUAUCCAAGAUGAUUGAUAUGAAUCUGGAGCCAUUCCUUCCUAAGUUUGACAGUAUCAGCGAGUCAGCAAGCAAAGAGUACUCACUGGAGAAAGCUAUGGAGAAAAUGAUCUCAGAAUGGGAUUUGAUGGAGUUUGUGAUGAUCCCGUACCGUGAGACCGGCACCAUGAUCUUGUCUUCAGUGGAUGACAUUCAGGUCUUGCUAGAUGAUCAAAUUGUCAAGACCCAAACCAUGAGAGGAUCUCCAUUCAUCAAACCAUUUGAAAAUGAGAUCAAGUCUUGGGAGAGCAAGCUCCUUCUCCUCCAGGAGAUCCUUGAUGAGUGGCUGAAGGUACAGGCCACCUGGCUCUACCUAGAACCCAUCUUCAGCUCCCCGGACAUCAUGGCACAGAUGCCUGAGGAAGGCAGACGCUUUGCAACAGUCGACAAGAACUGGAGGGAUAUCAUGAAAUCAGCAGUAGUGGAUAAGCACGUCCUCGCUGUGACAGAAAUUGAGAAGAUACUGGAGAGACUGAAGAAGUCUAAUGAACUGCUGGAACUCAUUCAAAAGGGUCUGAAUGACUACCUGGAGAAGAAACGUCUCUACUUCCCUCGUUUCUUCUUCCUCUCCAACGACGAGCUCUUGGAGAUCCUCUCCGAGACCAAAGACCCGACCCGCGUUCAGCCCCAUCUCAAGAAAUGCUUUGAGGGUAUUGCCAAGUUGGAGUUCACCGACAUCCUGGACAUUACGCAUAUGAAGAGUAGCGAGGGCGAGGUUGUCCCGCUGAACGAGCCGAUCUCGACAUCCAAGGCACGUGGGCAGGUGGAGAAGUGGCUGCUGGAGCUGGAGAUUCUCAUGAUCAAGAGUUUGCACAAGGUCAUCAAAGAAUGCUUAGAUGCCUAUGCUAAGCGAGAGCGAAUCAAGUGGGUGAUAGAGUGGCCCGGGCAAGCCGUACUUUGCGUCUCCCAAAAAUACUGGACUGACGAGAUCCACAAGGCCAUUCGCUCCGGCCAGAAGGAUUUAGAAGCCUACCUCCAGCUCAACAACAGCCAAAUCGACGACAUCGUCGAGCUGGUCCGCGGUAAACUCAACAAGCAGAAUCGUACCACAUUGGGGGCGCUUGUCGUGCUGGACGUCCACGCUCGCGACGUCCUGACGUCUCUCGUUAAGGAUCAAGUCAGCAGCGAGAACGACUUCCAGUGGUUGAGUCAGCUGAGAUACUAUUGGGUCGAGGAUCAGAUGCUGACCAGGAUGAUCAACUCGAUGCUGGCGUAUGGUUACGAGUAUCUGGGAAACUCUGGACGUCUUGUUAUCACACCCCUUACGGAUAGAUGCUACAGAACACUUUUCGGUGCCUUGCAUCUUCAUCUCGGUGGAGCCCCAGAGGGCCCAGCCGGAACCGGUAAGACAGAGACUACAAAGGAUCUUGCCAAGGCUGUGGCCAAACAGUGUGUGGUGUUCAACUGCUCCGAUGGUCUGGACUACCUCGCCUUGGGGAAGUUCUUCAAGGGUCUAGCUUCCUGCGGAGCCUGGUCGUGCUUUGAUGAAUUCAACCGAAUCGAUCUGGAAGUGCUGUCUGUUGUAGCUCAGCAGAUUCUUACCAUCCAAAGAGGUAUCCAAGGUGGACUGACUACCUUGCUGUUUGAAGGAACAGAGAUCAAACUGGACCCGACUUGCUCUGUGUUUAUUACAAUGAACCCUGGUUACGCUGGACGCUCUGAGUUACCCGAUAACCUCAAGGCCCUGUUCCGCACUGUGGCUAUGAUGGUACCCGACUACGCUAUGAUUGCCGAGAUUGUGCUCUACUCGUGCGGCUUUGUGAAAGCCCGCCCUCUAUCAGUCAAAAUUGUGGCUACAUACCGUCUAUGUUCUGAGCAGCUGUCGUCCCAGCAUCAUUACGAUUAUGGUAUGAGGGCUGUGAAAUCUGUAUUGACUGCUGCUGGUAACCUUAAGUUGAAAUAUCCAGAUGAAGAUGAAGAUAUUCUGAUGUUGCGUUCCAUCAACGACGUCAAUUUACCCAAGUUCUUGUCUCAUGAUCUACCGUUGUUUGCUGGUAUCACCUCUGAUCUGUUCCCUGGUGUAGUCCUCCCGAAGCCAGACUACGCCAUCUUGACUGAAGCCAUCCAAGAGAACUGUGAGAAGAUGAAUCUACAGAUGACUGACGUCUUUCUGGAUAAGAUCCAACAGGUGUAUGAGAUGAUGAUAGUCCGUCACGGUUUCAUGAUUGUUGGAGAGCCUUUUGGAGGCAAGACAUCAGCCUACCGUGUACUCAGUAAAGCACUUGGAGACAUUGCUGAAAAGGGUCUGAUGGAAGAGAACAAGGUGCAGAUUAUUGUCAUCAACCCUAAGGCUAUUACUAUGGGUCAGUUGUAUGGUCAGUUUGAUCCAGUCUCCCAUGAGUGGUCUGAUGGUAUUCUGGCUGUCAGCUACAGAGCCUUCGCCUCAUCACUGACCCCGGAUCGUAAAUGGCUGAUCUUUGACGGCCCUGUCGAUGCCAUCUGGAUUGAGAACAUGAAUACUGUACUGGAUGAUAACAAGAAACUCUGCCUCAUGAGUGGAGAGAUUAUUCAGCUGGCACCAACAACUAAUCUUAUCUUUGAACCCAUGGACUUGGAGGUGGCCUCUCCAGCUACUGUGUCACGUUGUGGUAUGAUCUACAUGGAACCGCAUAUGUUAGGCUGGCGCCCCCUGAUGGUGUCGUGGCUCAACACCGUGCCUUCUUCACUGACUGACACUCACAAGAAGAUGAUUUCCGACAUGUUUGAUCGCAUGAUUCCAGCAUCACUGGAGUUUAUACGCAAGAGUGGUGUUAAGGAGCUGUCUCCAAGCAAUGACACCAAUAUGGUUCAGAGCUUGAUGAAUCUAAUGGACAGCUUAAUGGAUGAGUUUCAGGAUGAGGCUGCCGUUAGUAAGAUGGAUGAAAGAGAAAUCAUCUCAUGGAUCGAGGGCAUUUUCAUGUUCUCAUUCAUCUGGUCUAUCGGCGCAACCAUCGGCGUUGACGGCCGCAAGAAAUUUGAUUUCCUCUUCCGCGAGAUCAUGGAUGGCGGUUUGUCUGAAGAGACUCGUAGCAAGUUUCAUAUCAUCCAGUUUGUGGAUCCACCUCUAAAGACCAAGACUGUUCCAAUCCCGAAGGAGGGUACUGUGUAUGAUUACCGCUUUGUCAAAGAGGGCAUAGGUCGUUGGGAGCGUUGGACCGAAGAAAUCAAAGAUGCCGCUCCGAUCCCGAAAGACGCCGAGGCCAAUAAGAUCAUUGUCCCAACCAUUGAGACAGUACGAGCCACAGCUCUGAUGAACAUGUUAGUCACACAUCAGAAACCCUGCCUGUUUGUUGGUCCAACGGGCACUGGAAAGUCAGUCUAUAUCACGGACUUUCUGUUGACUAAGCUAGACAAGGAGGUUUACAAGCCGAUCAUCAUCAACUUCUCGGCUCAGACCAGCGCCAACCAAACCCAGAACAUUAUCAUGUCUAAGCUGGACAAAAGACGUAAGGGUGUCUUUGGACCGCCAUUUGGAAAGAAAACUAUUGUCUUCGUUGACGACUUGAACAUGCCGGCCAGAGAGGAGUAUGGCGCCCAGCCUCCCAUUGAACUUCUUCGCCAGUGGCUUGACCACUGGAACUGGUACGAGCACAAGGAGUGUAUGGCCAUGAAACUGACCGAUAUCCAGCUGAUGGCUGCGAUGGGACCGCCUGGAGGUGGACGUAACGUCAUCACGGCGCGUUUCCUACGUCAUUUUAACACCAUCACCAUUAAUGAGUUUGACGACGACACUAUGGAUACCAUCUUCCAGAAGAUUAUGUCUUGGCAUAUCUCAUCCAGGGGUUUUGCCAAAGAGUUUGCGCCCGUAGCUGCUCAGAUCGUCAACGCCACUACCCAGGUGUACAAAGCAACGAUGGCCAACCUGCUACCUACCCCAGCCAAGUCACAUUAUCUCUUCAAUUUACGAGACUUUGCGCGUGUGAUUCAGGGUGUAUUACUGUCUGUACCGGACUAUUUUGAAACACCAGCAGUUAUGAAGAGGCUCUGGGUGCACGAGGUGUUCCGUGUUUACUAUGAUCGUCUCGUCGACGAUAACGACCGUAGUUGGCUGGUCAAGUUCAUGCAAGACGUCACCGGCACCCACCUGAAGGAGGACUUCAACAAACUCUUCGCCCAUCUCGAUUUCGACGAGGACGGCAAAGUUGUCGAGGACGACCUUAGAAGUCUCCUGUUCUGUGACUUCACCGACCCAAAGAAUGAGAACAAGAAUUACAUCGAGGUGAUGCAAGUGGAGCAGUUGAGGAAGAUUGCCGAGAGCCAUCUUGAAGAGUUCAACAACCUCAGCAAGAAACCCAUGAAUCUGGUUCUCUUUAGAUUUGCUUUGGAGCAUGUCUCCCGUAUCUCCCGUAUCAUCAAGCAGCCUCGUGGACACGCCCUGUUGGUGGGCGUCGGCGGCAGCGGUCGUCAGUCCCUGACCCGUCUAGCCGCUCACAUGGCUGAGUAUGAGCUGUUCCAAGUGGAGAUCGGUAAGAGUUACACCAUGAUAGAAUGGAGGGAAGAUCUAAAAUUGAUUCUGAGGAAGUCUACGGAAGGAGAGCAGCAUGGUGUGUUCCUGUUCAGCGAUACUCAGAUUAAGCAAGAGUCAUUCUUAGAGGACAUCAACAACCUCCUGAACGCCGGUGAGGUUCCCAACCUCUAUCCCAAUGAUGAAAAAGCAGAGAUCUGUGAGAAGAUGAGACUGAUUGACAGACAAAGAGAGAAGUCCAAGCAGACCGAUGGCACACCCUUGGCUCUAUUCAACAUGUUCAUCCAGAGAGUACGAGAGCAGAUGCAUAUCGUCUUGGCAAUGAGCCCCAUUGGAGACGCCUUCAGAAACAGACUCAGAAAAUUCCCUUCCCUCGUCAAUUGCUGUACCAUUGAUUGGUUCCAGUCAUGGCCCGAGGAUGCGUUGCAGGCUGUAGCAGCUCGCUUCCUUGAUGACAUCGAGAUCGAUGAUGACAUCAGACAGGGUUGUAUCAACAUGUGUAAGAGGUUUCACACAACGACACGCAUGCUCUCCGAACGUUUCCUCAGCGAGCUGGAGAGACACAAUUACGUCACCCCAACAUCCUACUUGGAGCUGAUCAACACCUUUAAGUCAUUGCUGGGAAAAAACAGAAAUAUUGUGUACCGCAACAAGAAGCGUUAUGAAGUGGGUCUUGAGAAACUACAGAAUGCUGCCUCUCAGGUCUCCACUAUGCAGAAAGAGCUGGAAGAACUUCAGCCGCAGUUGGUUGUCGCCAGCAAAGAAGUUGACGACAUCAUGAUUAUUAUUGAACGAGACUCGGUGGAAGUGGCCAAAACUGAAAAGAUUGUGAAAGCAGAUGAAGAAAUAGCUAACAAGCAAGCUAUGGCGGCCAAAGCAAUUAAAGAUGAGUGUGACGCAGAGCUCUCCGAAGCUAUACCCAUCUUAGAAGCUGCCCUAUCUGCCCUGCAGACCCUCACAACACAGGAUGUAACUGUUGUGAAGACGAUGAAAAACCCACCGGCCGGAGUCCGUCUGGUCAUGGAGGCUGUCUGUAUUCUGAAGAGCAUGAAACCCGACCGUGUACCAGAUCCAUCAGGUUCAGGCAAGAAGAUUGAAGACUACUGGCCACCUAGCAAGAGGUUGCUUGGAGAUAUGAAGUUCCUGCAGUCGCUCCAUGACUAUGAUAAGGAUAACAUUCAGCCAAGCAUUAUCAAGGUGAUCCGUUCAAAGUACAUCACCAACCCUGACUUUGUCCCAGACAAGAUUAGGAAUGCCUCCACUGCAGCUGAAGGUCUCUGUAAAUGGGUCCGUGCGAUGGAUUCUUACGACAAAGUGGCCAAGGUUGUAGCCCCCAAGAAGCUAGCCUUGAAGGCAGCCGAGAGUGAGCUCCGUGUCGCCAUGGAAGGCUUGGAGAAGAAACGAGCCGUCUUGAAAGAGGUCCAAGACAAACUGAAGAAGCUUGAGGAUAAACUGGAGGCCAACAAAAAGAAGAAGAUUGAUCUGGAGAACCAAGUUGACCUUUGCUCCAAGAAGCUGGACAGGGCGGAGCAACUUAUUGGUGGGCUGGGUGGAGAGAAGGACAGAUGGCGUAAAUCUGCCAAGGAUCUCGGAGAAUUGUAUAUCAACUUGACCGGCGAUGUUCUGAUUUCCUCUGGUCUGGUCGCCUACCUCGGAGCCUUCACAUCAGCAUACAGACAGGAUCAAUUAAAGGAAUGGUUUGACGAGGUGAUACAGAUGGGAAUCCCGUGUUCCCCAGAGUUCUCUCUAAGCUCCACCCUCGGGGACCAGGUGCAGAUCAGACAGUGGAACAUCGCUGGAUUACCAACGGAUAGCUUCUCAGUGGAAAACGGCAUCAUUAUCAGCAAUGCUCGUCGCUGGCCCUUGAUGAUUGACCCUCAGGGACAGGCUAACAAGUGGGUGAAGAACAUGGAGAAGGCAAACAAUCUUCACGUGAUCAAGCUGACAGACGGAGACUUUGUACGCACCCUGGAAAACUGUAUCCAGUUUGGAACACCGGUGCUUCUUGAGAACAUCGCCGAGGAGUUGGACCCACUCUUGGAGCCCCUCCUCCUCAAGCAAACCUUCAAGCAGGGCGGGGCCAUCUGCAUCCGUCUCGGUGACAGCACCAUCGAGUAUUCCCACGAUUUCCGUUUCUACAUCACUACUAAGCUCCGUAACCCUCACUACCUACCAGAAACGGCUGUCAAGGUGACUUUACUGAAUUUCAUGAUCACCCCUGAGGGUCUUGAGGAUCAGCUGCUGGGUAUCGUGGUCGCCAGAGAGAGGCCAGAGCUGGAGGAAGAGAAGAACGCCCUCAUUAUUCAGAGUGCUGAUAAUAAACGACAACUGAAAGAGAUUGAAGAUAAAAUCCUUGAGGUUCUCUCUUCAUCCGAGGGUAACAUCCUCGAGGAUGAGACGGCCAUCAAGGUUCUCUCCUCCUCCAAGGUCCUCGCCAACGAGAUCGAGGAGAAGCAAGCCAUUGCUGAGGACACAGAGAAGAAGAUUGAUAAGACCAGGAUGGGAUAUAAACCCAUCGCUAUUCACUCCAGUAUCCUGUUCUUUACCAUCGCUGAUCUGGCUAACAUUGAGCCUAUGUACCAGUACUCUCUCACAUGGUUUGUGAAUCUUUUCAUCAACGCCAUCGAGAAUUCUGAGAAGUCAGACGAUCUUGAGAAACGUCUCUUCAAUUUGAAGGAGUUCUUCACCUACUCACUUUACUGCAACGUCUGUCGAUCACUCUUUGAAAAAGACAAGCUUCUCUUCUCCUUCCUGCUGUGUACCAACCUCCUGAAGUACGCCAAGGAGGUCGACGAAGACGAGUGGCGGUUCCUCCUAACAGGAGGUAUUGGUCUGGACAACCCGCACUCCAACCCAACCUCCUGGAUGCCUCCGAUGGCGUGGGAUGAGAUCUGCCGAGUGGAUGACAUGCCGAGAUUCACGGGGAUCAGGAAGAAGUUCCCAGCUCAGAAAGAGGGAUGGAAAGCUUUGUAUGAUAGUUCAACCCCUCAAACAAUGCCGCUUCCAGGAGAGUGGAACGAGAGUCUAGGAUUGUUUCAGAAACUUCUAACUCUGAGAUGUCUCCGCCCUGAUAAGGUUGUACCAGCCAUACAAGCCUUUGUCACCGAGAAGCUCCAUCGUAAGUUUAUUGAACCUCCACCCUUUGAUCUGGGCAAGGCGUUUAAUGACAGUCAUUGCUGUGCACCGCUCAUCUUCGUUCUGUCUCCCGGUAGCGACCCCACAGCUGCUCUCCUCAAGUUUGCAGAUGAUCAGGGUUUUGGAGGCAGCAAGCUGAGCUCACUGUCUCUUGGCCAGGGUCAGGGUCCGAUCGCAAUGCGUCUGAUUGAGAAAGGAGUCAAGGAAGGGACCUGGGUGGUCCUUCAGAACUGUCAUUUAGCCGUCUCUUGGAUGACCACGUUGGAGAAGAUCUGUGAGGAGUUGAACCCAGAAACCACCCAUCCAGACUUCCGUCUGUGGUUAACAUCCUACCCAUCACCCCAUUUCCCCGUGGCCGUGUUGCAGAAUGGAGUGAAGAUGACCAAUGAGCCUCCCAAGGGCCUGAGAUCCAAUGUCAUCCGCUCCUAUCUGAGCGAUCCCAUCUCGGAUCCGGAAUUCUUUACUGGCGUCAAGGCAGAGUCUCAGAGAGCCUGGAAGAAGCUUCUCUAUGGGUUAUGUUUCUUCCACGCCUUGGUCCAAGAGAGACGAAACUUUGGUCCUAUCGGUUGGAACAUCCCAUACGAGUUCAACGAGACAGAUUUACGCAUCAGUGUUCGCCAGCUUGCUAUGUUCCUGAAUGAGUAUGAGGAUACACCCUUUGAUGCCAUCAAGUACCUGACGGGCGAGUGUAACUACGGAGGCCGUGUAACGGAUCCAUGGGACAGACGUAAUCUUCAUAACAUCCUAGAAAAGAUGUACUGUCCUGGAAUCAUUGAUACGGAUGACUACCGGUUUGAUAACAGUGGGUUGUACUAUGCACCCAAGACAGGAGAUUACGAGAGUUAUCUAGAGUACACCAAGAACCUUCCAAUCAUCGCUAACCCUGAGAUCUUUGGCAUGCACGCCAACGCCGACAUCACCAAGGAACAGUCCGAGACUAAACUCCUCUUCGAUAACAUCCUUCUGACUCAGAGUCAGGCUCAGUCUCGCUCUUCCAAGGGCGGUGCCAAGACAAAUGAUGAGAUAGUGACCGAGGUGGCCACGGACAUCCUGAGCAAGUUACCACCCAACUUUGACACUGAGGCGGGGCUGAGGAAGUAUCCUACGACCUACACACAAAGUAUGAACACUGUCCUGGUGCAGGAAAUGACUCGGUUUAACAACCUACUGAUAAGUGUCAGGAAUAGCUUGAUCAACAUACAGAAAGCUCUCAAGGGUCUGGUGGUGAUGUCCACUGAGCUAGAGGAGGUGGUUAACAGUAUGCUGAAAGGCAGGAUUCCAGGGGUCUGGAUGAAGAAAUCCUACCCCUCCCUCAAACCUCUCGGUGGUUACGUCAACGACUUCUUAGCAAGACUCAAGUUUCUUCAGGACUGGUAUGACGUUGGUUCCCCGCCAGUCUUCUGGGUGUCUGGUUUCUUCUUCACACAAGCUUUCUUAACCGGUGCCCAGCAGAACUUUGCCAGGAAGUACACAAUUCCUAUCGACUUGUUGGGAUUUGAUUACGAAGUCAUGGACGACAAGAAAUAUGACAAAGCACCCGAAGAUGGUGUGUACAUCAAUGGUCUAUUCCUGGACGGUGCCCGUUGGGAUCGUAAGACUCGCAAACUUGGCGAGUCCUACCCUAAGGUCCUGCAAGACACUAUGCCAGUGAUUUGGUUGAAGCCCAUUAAAAAGUCUGAUUUAGUGGAGCGACCAAGCUACGAGGCACCAGUCUACAAGACCAGCGAGCGGAGAGGUACACUCUCAACGACAGGCCACUCAACUAACUUUGUCAUCAGUAUGUUGCUACCGUCUGAACAUCCCAAGCAACAUUGGAUCGGACGUGGUGUGGCCUUACUCUGUCAGCUGGACAACUAAAACAUCAGUAACUUAGAGGGUCGCUCUGGUUACAUUUGACCUUUGCAUGGUGGGUUGGGGACUCAAGAUUUUUGUAUAAUAAUUUGUAUUAUAUUUCAAAUGGGGAAAGUGUGACUCACUUUUAUCGUAUACUAACAACAUAUUGACUAAAAGGUAACAAGUGUAUGGCUUCAAAUGACUUGAACAAUUAAAUUUGAAAACUUUCAGACAGAAAAUUUGUGACAAGAAAUGUAGAUAGGAAAAAAUUAAACAACAUUCAAACUUUUAGUUGAAAUCAAAUUUGGAAAUAUUUAGCGUGUCGAUAAAACAAGGUUGAGUUGAGUUAAAUUUUGAUAACCCAAAAAUUUGUUUGUUUGAAAAGCAAAUUGGAUAUGUUUGAUUUUCAAUUGUUUUUUUCUUCUCUCCGUCCAGAGCAAUUACUGUAUUAUGCAAAACUACCCACAAACUUUUCACUGAAAAGUGAUAAAAAGUUGACCAAAUAAAGUUAAAAUUAACCAAUACAAUGGUUUGUAUAUAAUCCAUUUAUAAAGCACCACAGUUCAAAGUUAUGGAUAAUUUUAAGAAUAUUCUAUUAUUGUAUCACGUUGAGGUUUUUUAUAUAACGUGUAAUAUAUUUUGUGUGACUGAAUUCAUUCCAUCCUUAAAAAGUAAAUAUAAUUUGUAUAUAUUUUUGAAGUAUCUUAUAGUACAGAAAAUCUAUAAUAGUCCGUCCACAUUUUCACCUUGACAAAUAAUUCCAGUGUUCACAAAUUCCAUCCAUCGUAUUUAGAUUAUCAUUUAAAGGGUCUGUAUACGUUUUGUUAUGAAUCUUUAAAUUCAUGGCAAAUGGGUAGAAGUACUGCAGUAAGCAGAAGUACUGCAGCUUUGAGUAGUGUAAUGCAUUUUGAGAAACAUUUCACUAAGAAGAAAUGGGUUAUGGAAAAAGAUGUCACUUUUUAUCUGCAAAAAUAAUUAAUGUGAGAACCAUUACUGACAGUCACAUUUCUCAGAUUGUGUUUUGAUAUUGCAGAUUAUUCUUCCUGCGUGGACUUAACCGCUCCAGUUCGGCAACGCAACCACCUUUUGGAAUGAAUUUUCAGGGUUUAGUUUUAUGGUAUUUAUCUACCAUUUAUAUAGGAUUGAAACAAACAGUGGGUUCCAUUUACCUACUGUAUGCAAUCGUUUGAAGAUUAUCUCUAAGCUGACACCACUCCAAAAAAGAUAUGCAAUUAUUUAACAAAUGUGUUUAAUGUGUCGUGGUUUGCAUUUCUUCGAGAAUGGAACUGUGAAUAGAGGAAGUGUAGUCACGCCUCAUGUUUGCACUGGCUAUAAGUUUUUUUGAUCGAUUUUCUGGAGAAAUGCGCAUUAUAAGUCCAUAUUAUUGUUAUUAUUCAAGUCCAAGGAUGAUAUUUUUGUCUUUAACAGGAAUGAGAUUUUAUUAUCGCAAAAUGGUUUCACAAACUGAACAACAACGUAUUAUUUUUCAUGAUUAUUCUUUAUUCUGUAAAGGACACCUGACAGCAAUUUCACAAUAGGCUUAAAAUACAAAUGUGUGUAUUUGAAUAAACAUUACUUCUUGUGUUGAUUGAUGA